AUGGCAGGCCCUGUGCGUGUUCGUGUCCGCUCGGCACACCCGCUCCCACCUGCGCAGUUCUGGGUCGUCAUCGAUCGUGCAGACGAUAUAGAUGUUGUGCGUGAACGCAUAGCUCGCAUACUGCAAACGCGCUACGACGCUCCAGUGACGGCGACCGCUUUGUGCCUCUCUGUCCUUGACUUUGAAGUGUGGGACUAUGUGGGCGACGUUCUCCAAGAUGACGGUCUCGUCACCGUUUCGAUGAUAAAACGUCGCAAAGUAUGUGAAGCUCCUAGUGAAAAUACCGAUAUGGUCGUGCAUCCUGACGCCGAGCGCCAAAUCAUGGCCGAAGCUCACAAAAUUUCGCUCUUAAUGUGCUCUGAAUGCGGGGUACAGCCAAGAAAGACGCUGGGUGUGAAGCGCAAGAAGCCAGAAGCAUCGCGUUUUGUGCAUGAUAUUUCACAGGACCUUGAGCAAGCUGAACUUGAUGAAGAGCCGGAUGAGCUGGAUUAUGAGGAUGAGGUCGACUAUGACGAUGUGAUGGACGAGAAUGAAGUCAUCGACGAAGUUGACUAUGAUGAUGUUGUGGAUGAUCACGAUGAGCUAGAGGAAGUGGUGCGAGCCAAGGACGAAGACGAGAAUCAGGAGAACGAUGAGGAGGAAAACGAAGGAGAGAGAGAGGAAGAGGAGAGUGAGGAAAGUGAGGACGAAGAAGAGGAGAGUGAAGAAGAGGAGGGUGGGGAUGAAGAGAGUGAAGAAGAGGAGAGUGAAGAAGAGGAGGGUGGGGAUGAAGAGAGUGAAGAAGAAGACGAAGAAGAGGAGAGUGAAGAAGAAGACGACGGGGAGAGUGAAGUAGAGGAUAACGAGGAGGAGAGCGAGGAGAGCCAAGAGGAAGAAGAGAGAAAAGACGAGGACGACGGAGGCGACGACGAGCAAGGCGACUCAGAACCGAGUGUAUACUCUUCGUCUAUUCCUAGCGUUUGGGUGCCUCCUGGUCAAGGAAAGGACCGUACGCGACACAAAAACCAAAAGCGCCGCGAGCGUCGGAAGGCCGCGCGGAAUACUCAGUUCGCUCUCGACCAUCAGGGCAGUAUGUCGUGCCCACGACCCGCGACAGAUGUGCGCGUCGACGCUGUUCCGCAUCUUCCUCCUGGCGGUGGAUCUCUCGAUAUAACGUCAUCUACGCCGGAAACAUCACCGCUGGAAAGUAUCGCGCAACGCAUGUUGGAGCGCACCACCGUCGGGCAUCGUAAACGUCGGAAGCGUAACCAAGAACUCGCUCUUCCAUCGAUCCAUACACCAGCGUUUGUGAGUGCGUCAGACGUUCUCAAGGCUCAUCAGCCAGAAGACCCGCCCAAGCUCAUGCCGAUACCCUCAAAACUUGCGCCAGAAGAGCUACCAGCCAAUGUAUCUGUCACCAGUACAGACUGCGAACAAUGGUAUUAUGAACAGCCGUACUAUCAAAAUGAGGAAGACGACGACGCCUCUACGCAGGCUUACUACGACAUGCAACGCCAAGUGCGCGCCUCUCUGGAGCAAGAAAAGCAGCAAGAAGACGUACAGGAUUCGGUGCUGGACGAAGAGCACGAUCCGCUACGCGAAUCUCUUCCACGAUCUUUUGGGCGUAGCAGCGACCACCGUCACGACGAGGGUGCUCCUCGUCAUCCCAUCCUCGACCGGAUCCAGGCGAUCCGUGCGUCCAUUUACGGCGCCUGA